AUGGCUUUAUCACUUUUUGUUGGGUUCAAUAAUGAACGAAAUAAUAUACUAUUUGCACAAGGCCUUUUAGCUGAUGAAAGCAUAGAGUCACAUACAUGGAUGUUCGAUCAAAUAAUUAAAGCAACUGGCAUAAUUCCGAGUGUAAUACUUACAGAUGCUGACCCUGCUGUCGAUUCAGCUAUUCGUAAAAUAUUUUCUUCAACUUACCCUAUCCAUUGUGCUUACCACAUGACCCAAAACCUACACAAGAACCUCAGAAAAGUUUUGGGUGACGAGUAUCAAAAGUUUCUUAAUGAAUUUUAUUGUUGUCAAAAUAGUUUUGUUGAAGAUAUAUUUAAUCAAAGUUUUAGAAAGCUCCAACACAACUACCCUAAUGCUCAAAAAUUUACAGGUGGUAUCAUAGCAACCUCUCGUGUAGAAUCUGUUAAUGGAUGUUUGAAAUACAAAGAGAAUGAGUAUAAAUUUUGGAAAUUAUCGAUUCCUGCUAUAAGAAAUCAAAGCAAUUUGAAUUUUUUAUUUACUAAGAUAGACCAGUGUAUUCAGCGAUAUCUCACACCUACUAUGUUAAAGAUGCAUAGAAAUGAAAUGAACCAAUCAUUAUAUUAUGUAGCGAACCCCAUAAAUAUAGAAAAUGCUGAGAUUGAUGAGAGCGAUUCCACUAUAGGUGAUGAUUUAUUAGUUGAUAUUCCACAAGCCACGCUUAAACAAUUGUGUGAAUUUGUGAGUUCUUACAAUAUUAAGGAGAUUUGGGCUAUAAGCAUUGGAAACUCAUCGAAUAUCAAGCACCAUAUUAUAUUAUUACAGAAUCGUGGACAUAUAUGUACAUGUCUUUCUAUAAUUCGAUCUGGAGUUAUUUGUAGGCAUUACUUUCAAGUAAUGUUAACUACUAAAACUGCCUGCUUUCAUAUUCGAUUAAUUCCAACAAGGUGGUAUUAUGAGAAUCUAAAUGGUUCAGAAGAGCCAUUUUUACAAGCUGAUAAAUUUAUGCAAGAAAGUUAUCAAAUUGUGCAAGAAAAUAAAACUAUGCAAGAAAACCAAACUAUGCAAGAAAAUCAAAUUGUACAAGAAAAUCAUAAUAUACAAGAAUAUCAAAAUGUGCAAGAAAAUCAAAAUGUGUUAGAAGUAAUAUAUAAUUCAGACAAGGUUCUGUAUUUGUGCUCUUUUGAUCAGAACUGUAAAGACUUCUGUGAAGAAAGUCUAACAGUUCUUCAGCAAAAAAUCGUUUAUGGAAAAGUUCAUAGUACAUAUAAAAAAGCUCUUGAUAAAGCAUUGCAAACCUAUUCAAAAUCAAUACAGUUCAUUACUUUACUUCAAGAAUUUGUAGAUGAAAGUACUAGUGAACAAUCAGAUUCAGACAAAAGUUUACAAAGUGAUAGUAGCAAUGAGAAAAAUAAUUCAGCGUUACCUCAACUAAAAAAUCCAAAAAAGCAUCAGAGAAAGGGACGACCAGUAGGUACAAAACAAUAUAAAUCAUCACAAGAGGUCUCUAAAGCUAAGAAAAACAAUCAGCGUCAAUGUAAGAAAUGUGGAAAUAUGGGUCAUUAUUAG